GUCGGUAGACGGAGACGGGCAGACGGAAUGUGAAAAUGAAAAGUGAAAGUAAACUGCCACACAGAAGAUGUAUACGCCGCCCUAAACAGACGCACUUCUUCGACACCGAAACACGCAACAGCACCAGCUGGACAGAAGCAAGUGAAAUGAAAGUGAAUGAAUGUGACUGCCAAGAUGGUGGAUUGUAACUCAUUAGAAGAAGUGGUAGUUCCCAAAGACACGAUGUGGCACAGAGAUCAACACAGACACCACCUUCGUUCUCAAAUGAUGGUACUAGCAACUUUCUUGGGCCCCUUUUUGGAUUAUUGAGUAUUGAGAUGAGAAACACCAGUCAAUUCAAGAAAGAACUCAUGUCAAAACAGGAAGGUGGUGGUGGUUGAUCUCGCUGCCACAUCCUGUCUUCGGAGACAGUCACAUCAAGAAUCACGUCUUCAAAGUGUGAGCCUGGAUGUUCACGGCAGCAGAAUGACAUGGAGGCAGGCGCCCUACCUGUGUCUCAUUGUGUUUUCCAGCCUGAUGGAACUGUCACAAGAGAACUGUGAAGAAUACUUUACAGUGAAAGAAUGGGAAAACACAACUGAACUGGAAAUGGUCGACCUUGCGAUCACAGAGAACAUCACGAACGUGGCAGAAUGCACAUUAGAGCGAUACUGUCUGCAAGAUCAGAUGUGCCACGUGCUGAAGGACUGCUUCCACAGAGAUGCCACGGAACAAAGUGAAAAGUGUAAACCUGUGUUGAAUGUCACCGUCCAUACUUACCACUUAAUGUGCCUUGUUGCCAGAGUGAUGAAUUUCAAAAGCGCCAUAAAUGGCUGUGAAUAUGAAAGUGUUUGCCCAUUAGUCAAGGAAAGAAGGCAUGUCGUAUCAACAACAUUUGUAAAGACAACAAUGCCAUCAACAACCACAGCCCCAUCGCCAACAUCACCUGUGAUGAUAGCAGUAACUGCGCUGUCAAAACCAAUAGGAAAUAGCAAACAUGCCGAGAGUGAAGCAAGUAAAAGCACCUACUUUUUAACACUGGAGAUACUUUUAGUGUUUGUUUCAAGUCUUGCUGUGGUCUUGCCCCUGGCUGUUUACGUUUACAUGCGUCGCCAGAAGAGACAGGACGAGAGAUGGCAGCGGCGGUGCGCCAAAGAAAAGGAAAGCCAUCGCCGUGAAAGUGAAAGUGACCAUCAUAAAAAGGUCAGAAAGUGGAGGCAGCGCUCAACUGUUGGGACCAUCAUUAAGGAUAAACAUUAUCGAAUGCUUGUGACAUCAUGGAUUCCAUGCGAUCCUAUAAGGAGAUCUGGGAGAAGAGAAUGGUUAUCCUUCCAGACUAGCCUGGGGAAAUAUUUUAAGAAGGUAGAAAGACCUGCAAGACACCCACAAGAAUAUUAAGUAAGGAUUUGUUCUCAUUUUAUCACAGUUCAAUGUAAUUAUUGUAUUUAAUCUUUUUAUUACUGUAUUUUAUAUGUCCUUCAUGUGUUCUGUGAACAGUGUGAAGGAUUUAGGAGUUGAUUUAGCUAUAAUUGAGGUAUUUUUAAGUUCCGACUUACUCUAAAAAACGACUAGGAGCGGAACUCGUUCAUUACCUGAGGACUACUUGUAAUGCAUUUCAACAAUACCACACUAACAACUGAAAUAAGUAGAAAAUAAGCUUACAGUAUAAAGUACAUCACAUCCACUCAGCUACAACCAAUUAAGUGCUACAAAGCUGCAUUAAUUGUGUUUUAAUGCUUUUUAACACAUUUCAUGUGAUUCAGGUGCACUGGCGUAUUGACGUUUCCACAUGCAGCUAAUAUUACUGCCACGGAGGCUGUAGUAAUUAUCCUGAUUAACAAUAGGCAGUAAUGUUACCUAACAUGACGAUGCCGUCAUCAAGUUUACAAGCCUAUAAAAUAGGUUGACCAGCCUUCUUGUGUCAGCAAAGCCAAAGACUGAAAUGAUCAAAUGAUUUGAAAUAUUAUUCAGCCUCCACGUUCAGUGACUUGAUUUUUUUUUUUCUCUUUAUUGAAGACCGUACCUGUAUGUGUAAGGAAUGCACUUUUAUCUUCCUCACCGAUGUGUUUAUUUACCAGUAAGUAAUUCAAUUGCUCAAAAUGUUGAGUUGAAAUGUUGAGUUAUUUCCCACUUAUUGUCACAACUGCGGGAAAAAAUGUCAUUUGAAAGCUUUAUUGUUGUUUGGGUGGAAAUUGUGUGUUGCUGGUAUCCAACUUCACCAUGAAAUGUGGCCUGUUUUUUUUGAAAGGUUACUUUAGUCAAUUCACUUUUUAAUAACAUAAAUUGGUAGUGUGUUUUCAUGUUGUUGGAAAGCGUGAUUAGUCACCUUUACAACUUGUAAGAAACGACACUGUCGUAUUCCGCAGGACUGGAAUUGUCGCUUCCGGUCCUGCGCUCUUAUUUUGGAAUGCUGCACUUCCUGCUGGGGGGUUUACCCCAGUGGAACCGUGCGCAGCUGUGUGCAAUCGCAAUCAGUUGGGUUCAUAAGCCCAGCGUCGUCACCUAGACUUUGUUUUCUUCGCCCGUGCUGUCCCCUAAAUGUUCUCCUUACCUGUUGCGACUUCCCAAGAUUACCGGUUGUGUUUUCACAGAGCCUUUUCCUGUGUCGCUUUUUGUUACCUGUAUCCUGCACGACUGUGAGUACCUGCACCUGCUUGUGCAUAAUAAAAGGACUUUUCUUGGCACGCUGCGUCUGUCUCUGCAUACCGGGGCUCCAGCAUUCAACAGCUCUACACGAAACGUAAUCGACACAGCUUA